GCACAGCACACCGCGAUAUUUGUUGUUAAGACGUCUUGUCCAGUUUCGUGUGUUGCGUUCGCACCGAAACAUGAUUUGUUUCCUGAUUGGCCUUUAAUUACCACCUGAACGACGCUCCGUAGCGACCUCGUCCAUGUGUGGCUUUUAUCUUACAGCUCAAGGCUAUAACCGAGUUUCGCGAUUCUGUGAUUGUUUUAUUUCGGAUGUGUUAUCGCUUUAGUUUGUUUUGGCAAGGGAUUCGUGCGGCCGCCGGGAUACUGGUUUUUUACGUCGUUUGACAGAAACGACGCGGGUUUCGUGAUUGCGCGUAGUUAUCGCAAGUGCCUUUUAUUCGCGCCAGCUGAAUUUGGAUUUAUGGGUAUUUUAUGGUCGUCGGUCUUCGCCCGCUGAGAGAAAAGGUGGACUCUAAGGACAAAAGGGAGAUAUGUGCCGAUCGAAUGAAUCUUAUAUCUAGCAACAUCGCCAUCAAGGCGGCAGAAGAAGCUAAAGCUGCAGAGAUGGCACAGUAUGCCGCAGCUUGUCAAGCUUCCCACAGGGUGAAGGAACAGUUGGCAGAGAAGGCAAUAGAAGCUGCUAAGGCAGCACAAGCUGCGGCUGCAGGAAAGGCUGCUUUAGUCGACGAGAUAGCCAGAGAAAAGGAAGCUGUGAAAGUUGUCAUUAUGGAAUUGAUCAACAGUAAAAAUAGAAUCGAACAGGCUAUUGAAGGUCAAUUCAGAGCUUUACAAGAGGAUAAAUCUGCUCUGAAGGUUCUUCUUGCCGCUCUGCACAUAGCUCAAGGUACUACAACAGAUGCAGACACGGUUUUGAGGGGAAUUCAGGAUGAUUUGAUGGAAAAAGAAAGAGUACUGCAGUGUGCCUUGCACCGCACAAACGUUCUUACUAGAGAAGAAGAAUGUGCUAGGCAAGACAUGCAGAAUACUAAGUGUGCAGUGAGAAAAGCAGUUCAAUCAGCAGCCGAAGCUAAGGCAAAUGCAAUGCGCGUAAAAAGGAUGGACGAAAAGAAGAAACCUUGAACAUUAAGCAGUAGCCCCUAUACUCACCAAAUCAUUUACAUUAUACAUAUCUUCGUAAUAUCAUUGUUUAUCUACAAGAACUUUAUUAUUAUAUAUAAGUAUUAUAUAAGUUACCUACCUGUAAUAAAUAUAAUCAUGAUUU